CGCGACCAGGUCGGCGGCGAAGUCCACUCGCGUCGGAUCUCUCCAACCUCUCUCUCUCUCUCUCCCCACUCUCUCUCUCCCACACUCUCUUUCGAACCCUAACCCUAACUCUAAAUGGGAUCGAUCCUGCGUUGAUAAUCGCCUAUUGAUCCCGCGUCCGAAGUCGAAGCUCUCCCAUGGAGCGGCUCCGCCUCAGAUCGUCCUCCUCCAAGGCCGUGGUCGUCUCUCUCCUCCUCCUAUUCCUCCUCUUCGGCUUCGCCGGGAACUUAGCCGGAGCCGAGACCCCGAGGCCGAAGAACGUCCAAGCGUCGCUCCGGGCGAAGUGGGCGGGGACUCCAUUGUUGCUCGAAGCCAACGAGUUGCUUUCUAAAGAAUGGAAGAAUCUGUUCUGGGAGUUCAUUGAUCUUUGGAUAGAGCCAGAUAAAGGUUCCGAAUGCUUGACAGCCAAAUGUUGCCUCCAGAAAAUCGUUGAGGAUGCACAGUCACUUUUAAGUGAAUCUUUGGGAUCAGUUUUUGAGUUCUCUCUUACUCUCCGGUCAGCAUCACCUAGAUUAGAGCUGUACAGGAAGCUGGCGCAGGACUCUUUGUAUUCUUCAGAUUAUGGCAAAUCAGAGCAAGUCAAUAAUGAUGCUAAUGAAGAGCAUUUUCAGAAAAAUACAAAUCCAAUUUCUGGAGGAACUUGUUGUUGGGUAGACACUGGUAAUGUGCUGCUUACUAAUGUGAGUGGUCUACUUCAAUGGCUUGAGGACUCAUCCAAACUAGCUGUGGACUCUUCUGAGCAGCCUGAGCUUUUUGAAUUUGAUCACGUUUACCCCCAUUCAAGCAUUACUGGUCCAGUUGCUAUAUUAUAUGGGGCUGUUGGGACAGAGUGCUUCAAAGAGUUUCAUGUUAUCCUAGUGGAGGCAUCUAAAAAGGGAAAAGUGAAGUAUGUGUUGCGGCCUGUGCUGCCGUCUGGAUGCCAAGCUAAGUCUAGCUAUUGCAGUGCCGUUGGUUCUGUAGAUGCAGUUACUUUGGCUGGUUAUGGGGUUGAGCUUGCUUUGAAAAACAUGGAGUACAAGGCUAUGGAUGACACUGCAGUAAACAAAGGUGUUACUUCCGAAGAUUCUAGGACUGAAGACCUCAGUCAAGAAGUUAGAGGGUUUAUAAUUUCCAAAAUCUUGGAACGCAAGCCAGAGCUUACAACUGAGGUCAUGGCUUUCAGAGAUUAUUUAUUAUCAUCAACAAUAUCCGACACAUUGGAAGUUUGGGAACUGAAGGACCUGGGUCAUCAAACUGCACAAAGGAUUGUUCAUGCAUCUGAUCCUUUACUGUCAAUGCAAGAAAUCAAUCAAAACUUUCCCAGUGUAGUUUCUUCACUAUCUCGCAUGAAGCUUGAUGCCUCUAUCAAGGAUGAAAUACUUGCAAACCAGCGAAUGGUCCCUCCUGGCAAGUCUUUAAUGGCCUUGAAUGGUGCCCUAAUCAGUAUCGAGGAUAUCGAUCUCUACCUGUUAAUGGAUUUGGUUCAUGAAGAAUUGUCGCUGGCCGAUCAGUUUUCGAAAGUGCAGAUUCCUCAAAGCACCAUUCAGAAGCUGUUGUCAGCAGCGCCACCAGUCGACUCUAAUGCUUUUCGUGUUGAUUUUCGUUCGUCUCAUGUUCACUAUCUUAAUAACUUGGAGGAAGAUAACAUGUACAAGAGGUGGAGAAGUAACAUCAAUGAGAUAUUAAUGCCAGUAUUUCCCGGUCAGCUCCACUACAUACGGAAAAAUUUGUUUCAUGCUGUUUAUGUACUUGAUCCUGCUACACCUUGUGGCGUCGAGACUAUCGACAUGCUUCUAUCUCUCUAUCAAAGUAGUGUACCGAUGAGGUUUGGAGUGAUACUGUACUCCUCAAAACUUGUCAACAUUAUUGAAGAAAAUGGUGGCAAUCUUCCGUCAUUGUCGGAUGGCACCAAAAAUAGGGAAGACAUUUCCAGCUUGAUAAUACGCCUUUUCCUGUACAUCAAAGAAACAUACACAACACAUUUGGCUUUCGAGUUUCUUAGCAAUAUACAAAAACAAUGGAGUGAUGUUGACAAUUUUAAUGAAGAAAUGCUUGAAGCACAUCAUGUUGAAGGAGCAUUUGUUGAUACUUUGUUGUCAAAGGCUAAAUCCCCUCCUCAAGAUGUGUUACUAAAAAUCGAAAAAGAAACCAAAUAUAAAGAGGCUGCUGAAGAGAGUUCCCUUGUUGUUUUUAAGCAAGGUUUAUUUAAACUUCGGUGCUGCCUGUUGAUGAAUGGCCUUGUGUAUGAACCAACUGAGGAUUCCACCAUGCAUGCUAUGAAUGAAGAACUUCCUAGGAUUCAAGAACAAGUUUAUUAUGGUCAUAUCAACUCUCACACAGAUGUGUUAGACAAGUUCCUUUCAGAGAGUGGUUACGGACGCUACAACCCAUCUAUUAUUGGAGAUGACAAGGGCAAGAAAAAGUUUGUUUCCCUCUUUGCAUCGUUUCUUCAGAGCGAUUCUGUACUUCAUGACAUUGCCUACUUACAUUCUCAUGGAUCUGUGGAUGAUUUGAAGCCAGUGACACAUCUUCUUGCUGUGAAUGUUGCUUCUAGGUCAGGGUUAAAAGUGCUGCAUGAGGGGAUACGUUACCUGAUGGGAGGAUCUGAAAGAGCCCGCAUUGGUUUACUGCUCUAUGUCGCUGGUGAUGCUUCAAGAUCUGCUUUCCUUUUAGAUAAGAUUUUUGGAAAGACUGCCUCCUCAUUCAGUAACAAGGAGAAAGUCUUCGACUUCCUGCAUGAACUGUGCACCUUCUAUGAGAACUUGUACAUGUCUGGGUCUUUGGUGGAUUCUGAUGGCGUCAGUAUAAUUUCGGAAAAGGUUUAUGAACUAGCUGGGGAGAAUGGACUCCCAGUUGAAGAGUAUGAAGCAAUCUUCACAAGCUUUUCUUUUGACAAGGAUCAGGAAAAAAGGGAUAAGGUUUCAAACUUUUUAUUUGGGCAGCUUGGGCUUGAAUUUGGCUCUAAUGCUGUGAUUACAAAUGGACGGAUAUUUACAUUAAAUGACGGGAACUCCUUCCUAAGUGAUGAUCUUGGUCUUUUGGAUUCUGUGGAGUAUAACCUACGAAUAAAAUACAUUGUAGACAUUAUUGAAGAGGUGGAGUGGGUAGAUGUUGAUCCAGACUACUUAACAAGCAAAUUUUAUAGUGAUCUUGUUAUGGUGGUUUCAUCAUCCUUGUCUAUCCGCGAACGAAGUUCAGAGAGAGCACGUUUUGAAAUUCUCAAUGGAGAACACAGUGCUGUCAUUCUAAAUGGUGUGAAUUCAAGUAUACACAUUGAUGCUGUUAUCGAUCCAUUAAGUCCUGCUGGGCAAAAGCUUUCUCCGCUUCUCUUGGUACUUUGGAGACGCAUUCACCCUAGCAUGAGAAUUGUGCUUAAUCCAAUUAGUUCUCUUGCGGACCUUCCUUUGAAGAACUACUACAGAUUUGUUCUUCCCUCAAUGGAUGACUACAGCACCACCGAUUAUUCCGUACAUGGCCCUAAAGCAUUCUUUCCAAAUAUGCCUUUGUCCAAGACACUCACCAUGAACAUUGAUGUUCCGGAACCAUGGCUUGUUGAGCCAGUUGUUGCCAUCCAUGACUUGGACAAUAUUUUGUUAGAGAACCUACAUGAUGUGAGGACCUUGCAAGCAGUGUUUGAACUUGAAGCACUUCUUCUGACAGGUCACUGUUCAGAAAAGGAUCGGGACCCACCCCGAGGACUCCAGUUGAUUCUCGGUACAAAACAAAGGCCUCAUUUGGUGGAUACACUUGUCAUGGCAAACUUGGGCUACUGGCAAAUGAAAGUUUCUCCUGGGGUAUGGUAUCUACAGCUUGCUCCCGGUCGAAGCUCAGAGCUCUACAUGUUGAAGGAAACUGGAAAUGGAAACAAAUCUUAUCCGUCUUCCAAGCUUAUUACUAUAAAUGACUUCAGGGGUAAACUUAUACACUUAGAGGUUCAGAAGAGAAGAGGAAAGGAACACGAGGACUUGUUAAAUGCUUCUGGUGACGACCAACUUCAGGAAAAGAAGAAGGAAAGCAAUAACAGGUGGAAUACCAAUAUUUUGAAGUGGGCGUCUGGGUUGAUUGGUGGAAAUGGAUCGUCAAGAAAGCAAAAUGAGACUAUCCUGGAUCUAAAGGGUGGAAGGCAUGGGGAGACAAUUAAUAUAUUUUCUGUUGCUUCUGGACACCUCUAUGAGCGCUUCCUCAAGAUCAUGAUAUUGAGUGUUCUUAAGAAUACUCUACGACCAGUCAAAUUUUGGUUCAUAAAAAAUUAUCUCUCCCCUCCAUUCAAGGAUGUUAUCCCAUAUAUGGCACAAGAGUAUGGAUUUGAGUAUGAGCUUAUCACCUACAAGUGGCCCACAUGGUUGCACAAACAGAAGGAGAAGCAGCGGAUCAUUUGGGCUUAUAAAAUCUUAUUUCUUGAUGUCAUAUUUCCUCUUUCGCUCAAGAAGGUAAUUUUUGUUGAUGCAGAUCAAGUUGUUAGAGCAGACAUGGGAGAGCUCUAUGACAUGGAUCUGAAAGGGAGGCCUCUUGCGUAUACACCAUUCUGUGACAAUAAUAAAGAGAUGGAUGGAUAUCGAUUUUGGAGACAGGGUUUCUGGAAGGAUCAUUUACGAGGAAAACCCUACCAUAUAAGUGCUUUAUAUGUUGUUGAUCUGGUCAAGUUUCGGCAAAUGGCGGCUGGUGAUACGCUGAGGGUAUAUUAUGAAACCCUCAGCAAGGAUCCCAACAGUCUCUCCAAUCUUGAUCAGGACCUUCCAAACUAUGCGCAGCACACGGUACCGAUAUUCUCUCUCCCACAAGAAUGGUUAUGGUGUGAGUCUUGGUGUGGGAACGCGACGAAGUCAAGGGCAAAGACCAUUGAUCUCUGCAACAAUCCCAUGACAAAGGAGCCAAAGCUACAGGGUGCUAGAAGAAUAAUAUCCGAGUGGGUUGAUCUCGAUGCGGAGGGGAGAAGAGUAACCGAAAAAAUCUUAGGGGAACAACUAGAGCCACCCGAGUCAGUUCCACCUCCACCACCUGACAGUUCAAAAGGCGAUAACAAUGAAGAUACAGAAUCCAAGUCUGAGUUGUGAGUUUUCACAUAGGUUUUAUUUAAAUUUCUAUAUUUAACAAACUUCUCUCUUUAAUUGCUUUCAAGAUCAAAGCAUUCAAUUUGGUGCUUCGCCUCAGCAAAAUGGUCUUGAAUCAUACAUUCACGAGUCCAUGACACUAGGGCAAAAUGCCCAGCAAAUCAUUUUUUCGGGCAGAUAUCUCUUCAUGAGACAUUUUUGUAGGGUAAAUGUCUUUGGGUUAACCCAAGAGGGGAAAAUUAGUGCCUUUUUUUUAAAAAAACUUUUUACUUUUAUUUUGAUGAUAGUGUUAUCCGACAUUAGAAUUUAUCAAAUAAUAACAGUUGUUGACUCUUUUCUCUA